CAAAUGUGGAUCCCGCUCUCGAAGUCAAGUGUCCGUCGCAGCUGCAGGGUCCUCACCUGAGCGCGCAGUGCAUCCGACACUCCAAAAUGGAAACCGAAGCUAACCCUUCGCCCCUCACUUCCAUUCCCGAUGACUGGGACUACCCAAUCACUGAAGAAGAACUCGAAGCUAUAGACGAUGCAAUUCGGUCCGCCUCUUCCUCCUCCUCCUCCACUGCGAGUCAUGACGGCAGCGACCCUUGCUCGAAACACCGCCGCAGAUUGCCGGGUUCUUUAGCGAGUUCCGUAAUUCGGUGCUCGCAUUCGUUCACUCUAUCCCCCUGCCCAAAAAAUCGGCCAUUUGAUUUUGUUCAUUCUUCUCGCCAAGAAAAUUUGAAGUUCAAAAAUCCCACAAUGAGUUUUGGUGGUCGUAUUGUGUAUAGCAGAACUGUUACUGAGGUAGAGAAAGCAACAAGGCAGCUUUUAGACGGUAUGGCGGCUAAGGAAAGGGAAAUGGGUCAGGUCAUUUUUGGAUUUGAUAUCGAGUGGCGACCUACAUUCAAGAAAGGUGUUCCCCCUGGGAAGGCUGCAGUAAUGCAGAUAUGUGGGGAUGCUAGUCACUGUUAUGUGAUGCAUAUUAUUCAUUCUGGCAUCCCUCAAAAACUGCAAUCAUUAUUGGAGGAUCCUAAAUUUACAAAGGUUGGAGUUGGCAUUGCCAAUGAUUCUAUGAAGAUUUUCAAAGAUUAUAAUCUAUCUAUCAAAGCUUUGGAGGAUCUGUCCUGUCUAGCUAAUCAAAAAAUUGGUGGAGAUCCCAAAAAAUGGGGCCUCGAAUCUCUAACGGAAGCUAUUAUAUGUAAACAGCUGCACAAGCCCAAUAAAAUUAGAUUGGGAAACUGGGAAGCUGAUUUUUUAUCAAAGGAACAAUUACAGUAUGCGGCCACUGAUGCUUAUGCUUCUUGGUACCUAUAUCAGGUUGAUAAGGAUAACCCAUUGUCUCAACGUUUUCACACUGAGUUUUCUUAUAAUUAGUUUUCCUCGAAUUAUGCUGGGACUAACCCCAUUAACUUGCUGUUGAUUUUGUUGGGUACCCAGUUGCUACAAAACCUUCCAGAUGCAGCUAAUAACGAAGUGUGAUUCAGUGCGCGCCCAUAAUGAUAUCCUUCUUGUUCAUGAUUGAACUUAACAGUGUAAUUGAUCCAUAAAAUCAUGGAAACCAGUGUUUCACAAGAAACAUCAUUAAACUGAUUUCUCUCUCUCUCUCUCUCUCUCUCUCUCUCUCUCUCUCUCUCUCUCUCUCUCGCAUGUGAGCGCGCAAACAGAGAUGUAUUGAUUUAUUGUUCUAGAAAAUGUCCAAAAUAAAAAUUAGAAUAUUUUCUGUGCC